UAUUGAGAGAAAGAAUGCUCCUACCUGAGAGGGACAGAAGGCACCCUGGAAAGUGAGUUGCUCACCAACCCCACUUCUCAAGGAUGUUUUAUUGAGAAAGGUCACAAAGUGAGAUAAGCUUAAGGAUCUGUUCAUACUUCCUUUGGGUAUCAGAAGGUGGUGGAAAGGAUGGGCUGGCAAAGAUACCGGCAAGGCUUGGAAGUCUCAAAUCAUCGUACCAUUUAUAUCAAUGACCACCUCAAGAACAAUUUCUGCCCAAACUGGAUCAGGACAGCCAAGUACAGCAAGUGGUCGUUUCUUCCUCGAUAUUUGUACCUACAGUUUAGCAAGGCUGCCAAUGCUUUCUUUCUGUUUAUUAGUAUAUUGCAGCAAAUUCCAGAUGUGUCUCCAACUGGAAAAUACACAACUCUCUUGCCUUUGAUGAUUAUUCUUACAGUUUCAGGCAUCAAAGAGAUUAUAGAAGAUUAUAAACGACAUAUGGCAGACAGAUUAGUGAAUAAAAAGACCGUGCUAGCUCUGGAAUCUGGAAAAUGCAAGGUGAAUGCCCUGGCAGAUGAGGCCUUCCUCAUAGAUGAUGCCUUCUAUCUAUGUCCUCUCUUGGCUUUACCAGAAACAGCUGGAGUGCAAACAGAAAAACAAUUAUUAAGCAUAUCUGGGAAAAUAGAAUGUGAAGGACCUAAUUGUCAUUUCAGUUGCUUCACUGGAACCUUGUAUAUUACUGAUAGAAGCCCUGUUCCAAUUGGGCCUGAUCAAGUCUUACUACGAGGGACACAACUAAGAAAUACUCAGUGGAUAAUUGGCAUAGUUAUUUACACUGGAUUUGAAACCAAAUUUAUGCAGAACGCUGUCAAGUCUCCUCUCAAGAGACCAAAGGUUGAGAAAGUGACCAAUGUACAGAUCCAUGCCUUGUUCUUGUUGCUCCUGGUCAUGUCCCUGGUGAGCUUUGUGGGCGCUCUGUUCUGGAGAAGAGCACACAGUGCAGACAUGUGGUACCUGAAAAGGCGGGAGGAAAAGUCCCAUGCCUUUGGUUUUGACAUACUGGUGUUCAUCAUCUUGUACCACAACCUCAUUCCCGUCAGUCUGCUGGUAACUCUGGAAAUUGUGAAAUUUAUUCAGGCUCAGUUUAUAAACUGGGAUGAAGAUAUGCAUUAUAAAGAAAACGGUGUUUAUGCCGUGGCCAGAACAUCCAAUCUUAAUGAAGAGCUUGGGCAGGUAAAAUAUUUAUUUUCUGAUAAGACAGGAACUCUCACUUGCAAUAGAAUGACAUUUAAGAAGUGUAGCAUUGCAGGUAUACCUUACAGUCAGUCAUCUUCCCGUGAACUGAAUGAUCCCACAUUAUUGGCAAACAUUAAGAAUGGCCAUCCCACAGAAGAAUACAUAAAGGAAUUUUUUAUCUUAUUAUGCGUAUGCAACACAGUUCUUCCUGAGAGAGAUGGAAAUAAUAUAAUCUACCAGGCCUCCUCCCCAGAUGAAGCUGCUUUAGUGAAAGGAGCAAAAAACCUUGGCUUUGUUUUCACUAUGAGAACACCAUAUACUGUCACCAUCCAAGCUAUGGGAGAAGAAUACACUUUUGAAAUCCUUAAUAUCCUGGAAUUUUCUAGCAAUAGAAAAAGGAUGUCAAUAAUUGUCCGGACUCCCACGGGACAGCUCAGGCUCUACUGCAAAGGGGCAGAUACAGUGAUUUAUGAGCGACUUUCAAAAGAUUCUCUGUUCAUGGAGGAGACAUUAACCCAUCUGAAACUUUUUGCCACAGAAGGCCUGAGAACUCUGUGUGUGGCCUAUGCUGACUUAUCUGAAGAACAGUAUCAACACUGGCUGAUGGACUAUAAGAGCGCUAGUAUAGUUUUACAGAAUAGAAUUCAAAGACUGGAGGAGUGCUAUGAUACCAUUGAGAAGACAACACAUCAUAUGAUCUAUCAGAACUGUCAAGAUCUUGGAAAUAUGUUAGGUAAAGAAAAUGACUUGGCCUUAAUCAUUGAUGGUGAAACAUUAAAAUAUGCCAUGGGUAUUGGGAUUAAGACCGAUUUCCUGAAUUUGGCCUUGUCAUGUAGAGCAGUAUUAUGUUGUAGGCUGUCUCCUCUCCAGAAGGCUGAAAUAGUGGACAUGGUUAAGAAAAAUGUAAGGGCCAUCACGCUUGCUAUUGGGGAUGGUGCCAAUGAUGUUGGGAUGAUCCAGAGGGCCCAUGUUGGAGUCGGAAUCAGUGGGAAUGAGGGCAUGCAGGCCACCAACAACUCGGACUACGCCAUAGCACAGUUUAGCUACUUAGAGAAGCUUCUGUUGGUUCAUGGAACAUGGAAUUAUUUUCGAGUCACUAAAUGCAUAUUGUAUUGUUUCUACAAGAAUGUGGUGCUAUACAUUAUUGGGCUCUGGUUCACCUUUGUUAACGGAUUUUCUGGGCAGGUUUUAUUUGAUAAUUGGUGCAUCAGCUUGUACAAUGUGAUUUUUACUUCAUUACCACCUUUUACUCUGGGAAUUUUUGAACAAUGUUGCAGUCAGAAGGACCUGCUCAAAUAUCCCCAACUCUAUACAAUUUCUCAGAAAGGGAAAACUUUCAACGCGAGGGUGUUCUGGAUUGAAUGCUUGAAUGCUUUGGCCCACUCCUUUAUUCUCUUCUGGUUUCCUACAAAAAUGCUGGAGCAUGAUAUGGUUUUACAACAUGGUUUCACUACAGACUAUUUGUUUCUUGGAAACUUUAUUUAUACGUAUGUAGUUGUAACUGUUUGUCUGAAAGCUGGGUUGGAGACCAUGUUUUGGACGAAAUUUAGUCAUCUGGCAAUCUGGGGAAGCAUAAUCAUCUGGUUUGUGUGCUUCACAAUUUACUCCCACUUCUGGCCCACCAUCCCCAUUGCUCCUGAAAUGGCAGGACAGGCCAGAAUGAUACUGAUUUGUCCAUACUUCUGGCUGGGUUUUUUCGUAGUCCCUGCUACAUGCCUGAUUAAAGAUAUAGUGUGGAAAUCGAUAAGAAAUACCCAGAAAGGAAGUCUUCCACUCAAUAGUCAACAGCUGGAAAGUAGCAAAGCUAAAGGAUUUGAGUUUUCUUCAGUGUUUGAGAAGAGGUGA